UCGUAUUUACCUGUCUGGAAUCGUGCUUCACGGAGUGGAAUUAUCGGGGACAGUACAAAGUGAAGAGUAUCGAAAACCACUCGAAGGAGAAACGAAGUAGAGAGGGAUAUGCAUAAAGAGUGGGCGUACAGUGGAGGGUUGGUUCCAUUGGUGCUCCAAGGUAAUUAACUAAAGUGCCGUUACAACGUAAUACGGUCGAGCGAGAAAGCCGAAAAAGCGGGAAAAAGUAAAAUACAGAAGCACGUGACACAGAGAACGCUGUGCCGUUGGAUCAAGGGAAUCGAGUCGUCUCUGCCUUCGCGUGCUUUACUUUGCCUCGCGACUGCGGCCAGCGUGUGUUGUAGCCUCUGCUUUUAAAUCGAAUCGACGAAGAAACCGUUCGUCGCUAAUUUAAUAAAACCAUCAGCUACGAUGUACAUUUUAACGAGCCUCUACCUGUUGUUCCGCGAUCCAACGAAUUUAUUCGCGUCGCGAGCGAAGGACAAACGAAGUCGGAUAGCCAUUGCGGCGUACCGAACGGGUUGAAAUUCCACGAGAAAAUACCUAACAACGAAUGAAGGCUUUUAAUACUGCAGAGAGUCGUGAUUCAUCUAUUAGGUAUAUGCGGCAUCUUAUUAUAAAUAUCUUUUUUUAGAGAAUUCACCGUGGCGCCUUUGAAAAUACGCGUCGAGUUUUGCAUUGUGAACCGAUGGUUCAAACGUUGAAAUGUCGUUUUGGUUAAUGUUCAAUGUCCAUCUCUAUAAAUACUCUUCGUGAGCAGCGCGCGUUACGUCGGUUGUGCUAGUAGAGAUUGAUCAAUUGUCGAGAUAAAGUCGAGGUCAUGGUCAAAUUAAAUUGGAACUCCCGUUAAAAAGAAAUAGAACUGUUCGAAGUGAGACAGGUUUUGUAGUGGGAUCUGUGGAUUCAGCGGCGAAUCUGACGUCGGUAGAAGAGGAGGGAUAUACAUAUAGCCAGUUCUCGAAUAGUAGUCCGUCAGAGUACCGAUCAUCUUUCGAAGAAGAAGAAACUUAGUGUGCGUGUGUCUGAGUCCUACCGAGAACCGGAAACUGUUCAAUCAUGUGGAUUACUGGAAACCGAAUUAUUUUUUUACUUUUCCUGGUGGUUCUAACGUCUUGUUCAGACGCUAAUAAUUCCACGAUGCCAAAGAAGCAGCUGAAAAUCUUGGCAGUCUUUGCUCACCUCGGUAAGAGUCAUUUUGACGUGUUCAAACCGCUUCUUGAGGAGCUAAGCCGUCGAGGUCACGACCUGACGGUAAUUUCUCAUUUUCCAAGAACUGAGAAGGCGAUCGCGGAGGAACCUUUGCCCACUUACAAGGAUAUUAGUCUGCGAAAUGAGAAACUCGGUGUGUUUGUAAACGUGGUCGAUCUACAUGCCAUUUACAGUCCCUACUUUCAAAUAUUUACUGAUUUAUACAUGCUGUACACUAUGUCGGGACUGGUUUGCGAUAUUGCCCUGAAGAAUCCAGAAGUGAAACAGUUGGUCGACUCUGGGAAGAAGUUCGAUCUGAUGCUUGUCGAGAGCUUCAAUACAAACUGUUUCAUGGUGCUCGUACACAAGUUUAACGUGCCUUUUAUACAAAUAUCCACUCAUCAGUUGAUGACAUGGGCUAUCGAUGAUUUAGGAGUCUCAAACGAAGCCAGUUACAUACCGUCGAUGUUUACUCGAUUGCCAAGGCCAAUGAACUUUUUCCAAAGAAUGAUAAACGCGGUAUCGGCAUUCGUAACAACGAUGGCAUUCCGCACGCUGUUCAAUUGGCGCGAUUACUCCGUGGCAAACGAAUUUUACGGUCCGGGAAUUCCGGAUUUGAAAUCGAUCAGUAACAACGCAUCACUCAUGUUCGUCAACACGCAUUAUUCUGUUCACGGUGCUAUCUCGUUCCCGCCGAAUGUGAUCGAGAUCGGUGGAAUUCACAUCUCGCCGAAAGUGAAACCCUUGCCACCGAAAAUUAAAAAGUUUUUGGACGAAGCUCACGAAGGUGUCUUGUAUUUUAAUCUCGGCUCGAUGGUGAAGACGGCCUCGAUGCCGGAGGACAAAUUGAAAGUGUUUAUCAAAGUUUUUACCUCUAUACCUCGAAAAGUGAUUUGGAAAUGGGAAGUGGACGGCAUACCGGAUAAUUCUGGAUUGGAUAAUUCCAAUAACGUCCUUAUAGAGAAGUGGCUGCCUCAGUACGACAUAUUGAAUCAUCCAAACGUUAAGUGUUACUUCGGACACGGUGGUCUUCUCGGUUUGUCGGAAGGAGUUCAGAGCGGGGUUCCAAUGGUUCUCAUGCCUUUCUUCGGUGAUCAAUACCAGAAUGCGAUCGCGGCUCAAGCUAGAGGCGUCGCUUUGGUGGUGGAUUUCGUCAAACUGAACGAACAAACCUUGAAGCAAACUUUGGAUGAAAUAUUCAACAAUACCAGGUACCGUGAAAAUGCCAAGAAGCUUUCGAAAGCUUUCAAGGAUCGACCAAAUACUCCGUUAGAAACAGCAGUAUGGUGGACAGAAUACGUUGGUCGGGGAAAUGCUUCUCCAUACAUCAGGAGCGAGGCAGCGAACAUGUCCUGGUGUCAACGCAAUCUCAUCGAUGUCAUGGUUACAUUAGCAGUCCUUGCCUUGCUCAGCCUCUAUGUUUCAUACAGAAUAUUGAAAUGCAUUCUGACCAGAGCCACGAAGAGACAGGAGCAGAAGAACGGAGCAAUGUCGAAGAAGAGAGAUUGAUGGCUAUGCCGUUGGAAGCUCUAAGACGACGAAUAACGUAAAAAAUGAACAAGAUACGAACGAUGUUUUAGAAAGUGUACGUUGGAACAAGGAGAUGACGAAGUUCACGAGACAUAUACAAACAUACCUAGCAUCCAUAUAUCCUUGAUUUAACGCGGCUAGGAAUGUUGCAUCGUAAAAUUUUCCUGCAGCUUUCGUUAAAACAACGGGUCGAUCAUGCUUGAAGCGAAUUCCGACAUGGUGUACCGACAAUAGCCAAUCACAGAGUCCUUUUAUUCGAGCUGGCGUCGGUCGAUAAAUUAAAUCAUCAGCGUCCAAGAGCGCGUGUUCGUAAUUCUGAUUACAUCGCUCGAGAGGCGGAAGUCUGUGGCAAUUUUCGCAGACGCUCGACUCUCUGUGCUCUUCUUACUUGAACAACUGUAGCUAUUGAAACAAGGACCGAGGGUAGUAGAAAUAGAAGUCUGUGACUAAAGACAGACAGCGUUACUAAAAAAAGGUAACCUUAAGGAGAAACCCGGAAGAAUUCGGGGAAAGAAGUAAGAGAGGAAAGAAGAAGAGAGGAAAGGAGGAGAGCGAGAAAGGAAACCAGCUUUGCGGGCAUUACUGGGUAUUUCCCAGGUGGCCGAGUCACUGACUGCGUCAACUGGCUUUGGCUCUCGCAACAACGGCAAAGGGAACAACGCAAGGAGAACGACGAGGCUUUACUGCGACGAAGAGGACGGUUGAAGCUGCGCGUUCACGGAUGGAGGCAACAGUCCCGGGGAACCAACGGUGUACUCGACUACGCGGAAUAUACAGCUCGACGUUAGACGAGCUUGCUUAAAGAAGAAGGAGGACGAGUCAGCGAGGACAACAAAGAUGGAUCACGUCUAACAUCGGCGGAUUAAACGGGACUGGAUGGAUGUUCGCUUCUAUUCGCCCGCGUCUCAGUUUUCCCUUCACCGGUUUCAGCCUCUUUCCACGUCGCGGAUUUUCGCAUGAGUGCCCGAGCAGCAUAAGACACGUGGGAUCGGCUCAUGAAGAUACAAACGAGACGAUAAACGCGAAGAGGUUCUCUCUCGUCUUUUACGAGAUAAGCGUCUGGAUAAGUCGACGUCGUGAUCGUGCCGGUUCCUAACUCUUAUCGGGAUAUUCGAUAAAAACGUAUCUCUUUAAAACAGCUUAUGACGAACUGUUUUUCAUUUGUUUGCUUUUGUUAGAAAAUAAAGUUUUAAGAAGGAUUUUAUGAAGGACAAAACGAUAGACAGAUUAUUCGGAUAGCGAGUAUAUCGUGGAUGGAAUUCUGUAGUUACAUGGAUUGUUGGCCAGAUUAUCGAGGAAUAUUAUAAUAGAUCGCCAAAUGCUUUCUCUCUGUCCAUCUCUGGAAGCUACUAAUGCAUCGGAACAGAGUUCUGUGGUGCUUUCAGCCGCAACCGGAUCCGCUGUUUCAACGGGGAGGACGGAUUGUUUCGUACUUGCGCCAGAUUGUGUCAAAUAUUUACUUGACAAAGUUUGCGCGGGCACAGCCGCAAAAUGCGUCGCGAAACAUUAUUCCACUGAAAAGUGUAUACACGGAUUCCUACGGGGUGACCUACAGUUUGUCGAGAUGAGUUUGAAAAAGGACAGGUCGGGAGAUAGAAAAUACGCGUGUAUUCCCAGUCGUCGCGGCUUUCGCGUUGUGUAGCUUCUUUUUUCUCAUCGUUGUCCCACGUUUCGUAAGCUUUUAUAGUCGAAAAGCGACUCGGGAACCGAACGAAACGAAACGAUUGUCAAUGUAUGUUGAGGAUUGGAACUUCGUUUCGCGCGAGGAAAUAAAGUUCCUUGCAUAGCUGUGCCCGAUCGCGGUUGUUAUUUUUCAGUGGUCAAAAAUUCCAGUGUUUAAAGAGUGAAGAGGAAAACUCGUCGUUUCGCUGUCGGUAGCGUGGUCGAUCGGACGAUAAUAUUUAUUGAUGACGAGACCGGAGCCGUUACGAUGAAAGUUCGACGGAUCAGCUUCAAAGGGGAACUUUUCUUGGAGCAGUCUCUUUGGACGGAUAGGAAGCUUUUAAAAAAGCGAUUCGAGACGUGGACCGAGGGUCGAAGGGGGCUCGAACGCACGCGGACUAGAGGAAAACGUACUUUCGGCGAUACGGUACUUUUUCUACGGCGCGGCGUAAUGGAAUGUAAAGUUCCCGAUUAAAUUGCGUCUUUAAGCGAUCCUCACCAGUGAGAUAUUUUUUGUGAAAAUAUAGCCAAAGUAACCGAGAAAUAUCGUUGGCACCGUGUCGAUCGGCACCAUCGGCGUUGUUCGCGAACUUAAAAAGCCCAUUAACCGUUCGAAACACAACGGGAAAGCGGGAUCGUUUUCCUGCGAGACAUGUUGUUAUAGAAAAUACUUUUUCAAGUUAUUUUAUCAUCGAAAUACGGUCGUUGCGUACUACGAUGUUUCACGGGGAAGUUCAAUGGUUCCUCUGUCUUGUAGACUUUGAACGAUCUAUCUUGGAUGCAUUGAUUGCAGCUUGUGUGUGUGUGUGUGACUUUCUAUUUGUUAUCUUGUUACAUUUAUAAUUGUUAAUAUUUCAGACUUGUUUACUUAUA